AUGUCGGAAACACGCGACCCAUCUUCCUAUAGCGAGUCCAGCCUUGAGAAGGGCACCCAGCCUUCUGAUCGAGAUGACUCGGAAACAAAUCCACGACGGAAGAUGCGAGUCCGGCUAUCACCUCGGCCCCCAAGAAGCAGGGCCGAAUAUCAGAUGAACCAACUCCGGGAUUAUUCGAGUUCCCAGGUGGGAUGGAUAUCCUCAGUGCUCUUUUUCUUCAUGCUCGGAGUGUCACCCUUAGCUGGACGACUGUAUGAUGGCUAUGGACCGCGUCUUCCGAUCAUGAUCGGCAGCUUUUUGCACGUCUUCGGCCUCAUGAUGACUAGUCUAUCAACCAAAUACUAUCAACUCAUCUUGAGUCAGUCUGUGUGUUCUUGGUUUGGAUCGUCGUUGAUCAUCACUCCAGCCAUGACCACCAAAACUUAUGAAAGCAUUAUUUUGCAGCCGACGACCUACUUCCACGAUCGCCGAGCGCUGGCUGGUGGAUUCGCCAUCGCCGGUUCCUCUUUGGGUGGUGUCAUUUUCCCAUUCAUGGUGAACCACCUGCUAUCCGCAAUUGGAUUUGCCUGGACCAUGCGUGCCUGCGCAUUUCUAAUCCUCGGUCUGCUGUUCAUCACCUGCACGUUGAUUUCGUCAAAUGUCACACACACCCCCAAGGAGUUCAAGCUUAGUAGCUAUCUGAGCCCGUUGCGGGAAUGUAACUUCCUGCUCUUGUGCAUCGUCAGCUUCUUUAUGUAUUGGGGCAUGUUUGUUCCACAGGAUAAGGUCUGCCAGGUGGGGCUUUCCUGUUUCGGCUGCCGUCGCUUUUACGAGGGUGCUCAGGCUGAGGCUCAGGCUCACCUCUACGACUGGCUCAAGAUAUACGAACCAUCCUGGGGCUACACUAUAUACCGCACAACCUACACUGCGCAGUCUGACGCUGCCUUUCCCGCAAUGGUCGACCUCAUCACAGCAUACCUAAAAGACGGAUUCUACGAGCAGUACCAAUCCCUCCGCGAGAAUCCUCGCACAGCGGAUCAAGCCAACGAGGCCGUCUUCGAUGAAUUAUGGGCCGCACACAAGCCACGUGUUAUGGACGAUGCUGCCCAGGUUGACGGAGCAUCGAUAGACCAGCUCCGCGCUCGGUUUGAGGUCUGGGCAGAGGAGCGGGAUAUGGCCGAUCGAUUCCCUAGCUACCGCAUGUUUAUUGUGGUCGAUGAAGAGAGUUUUGAGACCUUGCAGACUGCCUCGAUCCCCGCGGAGUGUCCGGGAGGGAUGGAGCACUUGGUUGCCUAUUAUGUGAAGCUUGUAGAGGCGUGGCAGGAUCAGGAUCGCGAUUCGCUGUUUCCGGGGUGGAUGAAAUGCUCGUUGCAUAGUCUUUGGGAUAUCUGGCGGCACAUGCAGGAUGGGGAUUAUAUGCGGCAUAGCUAUAUGAUGGUUCGGGAGCAUCGUGAUGUUUAUUGA